AUGAAGGCAUUUGUGAAUAAGAUGCCUUUGCUAAGAAAUUGGAUAAACUACGGUAUAUCUAAAGUAUCAAGGGAUACAUCCAAUAACUGUAUUGAUGAAUGCAAGAAUAACAUUGAAGAAAAUUGCGGUGAUUGUACUUUAACUGAACUUAAAGUCAUGACAGCACUUUGUAUUGAAGAAGCGAAAUGUAACCACCGUUAA